AGGCUUGAAUACUAGAGACGCCAUUUUGGUGUGGUCAGUUAGACGCUGAAAUUUUCUCUCAAGUUUUGCGAAGCUAGGCGCUGAAAUUCUUGCCAGAUUUUCGUACAACAGGAUAGCGCAAUGAGCCAGGACGUGGAAGGAGCUACGAAAUGGGAUUUUAACUGCCCACAGUUUGUAGAUUUCUCCGAGCCGCAGACGUUGGACGACAACGCAGACGAGUGGUUUGACUAUGACCAUGAGAAUGAUGAAGGCAUCCCCCUGGACUCUCCACCGUCUCCCCCAGAAGUUAAAGUUGAGAAGAAAGAAGAACCUUUCCCCAUAACCACGGGAACAGAAACCCUACAGAAGAUGCAGGAGACGGCCCUGUCUGCUACUGCCUUCCCUGUGGUGAAAGUCGCUCCUUAUGUGGAGAAAGAAGAGAAGAAAGACCAACCAGAGUUCCCAGUCAAGGAGGAGGCUGUCCCAGAGAAGGUGGACCCAACAGUGGAGGAGACAGAAACGGAGCAGACAGAGCCACCCGUGGAGGUUGUGGUCAUGCAGCCUGAGGAAACCCCCAUGCAGUUCACCGCAGUCACAGAGGCACCGGUCGAUGCAGCAAAGAAACGGCAAAGAAAGGCAAAGACGGAGGCCUCACGAGUGCGGAGAUCAGUCCGGAGGAAGAGUUUUGUGAAGGAGGUGCCAAAGGAGCUUCCCGUAGAACCAGCAAACAAGAAACAGAAGACUGCUGCCAACGAAAGACGGUCUGCCCCGACAGCCGCAGCUCCGAGACCACGGCGACCAUCCGGAAAAACACGUCGUUCAGCCGACACCUCCGCAGAGCCUCCAGUGAAGAAAGCCAAGUCCUCGACAGACCCAAAAACGCGGAUCAAACUCACCAUGCCGAAAACUCCAGAAUGCGCAAAACGUUCCUACAAGCGUCCAGGCGUGGUCAAGAAGACUUCAGAGGAUCUUGAGUUAGAGAGGAUUGAGCAGAUGAGGGAAGAGGCUCGGCGUCAGCACCAGAUAUCAGAGGAAUCUCAUAAGCAGACCCAGGCCUCGGCUGGCUACCACGCCACCCGUGCGACCGUCCCGCUGACCAAGCCCCACGCCUUCCACUUCCACACGGACGAACGCGUCAAAGACCACACCAUGGAGACCAGGCAGGACUCCAAGAACAAACGAUUCGAAGAGAGUCUGCGAACACACCCGCCCUCCCCAGCAAAAUGUAACAAGGUGACGAAGCCGAAGCCUUUCAAGUUCACAAACGAGUCCAGGAAGAGGAAACUUCACGAAGUGGACAACUCAGGGUACAACAAGUGGCACUCUGUGUCCGAGCAGGUCAUCAACUUCCACAAGAAAACACCCGACCGCUUCCGCCGUAAGGCUAAGAUGGACCUCAACGCAACCAGGGCAGGACCUGUUGUCGGUGACCACAAGAUGAAGCUGACUCAUCCCCAGAGUCCAAACUUCUCCAAGGCACGCGCCCGCAACCGCUCGGCUCACGUGAAGAGCGCCGCAGAGAUCGAAGAGGAAGAGGUGGAAGAGAUGAAGAAGUACAAGUUCAAGGCCAGGGAGGUUGACCAGCGACUGUUCCAGCAGACAGGAGUCGGGGUGCCGAAGAAGCCACACAAACCUGUCACCCAGCCUAUAGGCAUGGACCUGGAGACAGACCGCAGGAUACAGGAGAGACAUGAGGAAGCAAAGUCCACUGAGAAUGAAGAGAAAUUUGAGUUCCACGCCAGGCCAGUUCCUGCCAAAAUCCUGGAGGGACCAGUGGGAGUAGCUGAGAAGAAGGUGGCCCCUCUCACCAUCCCAGAGUCUCCAGCUUUCGCCCUGAAGAACAGAGUCCGCAGUGUCAAACCAGAGCUCGAACAGGAGGAAGAAGAGAGAAUCAUCUAUGCCCGUCCCAUGCCUCACACGGGCGUCCCCUUCAAACCCAACCGGGAACACAAGGUGACCCAGCUGGCUCCCUUCUCCUUCCAGGACAGGGUGGAGGAACAGCUGGUCAAGAAGGAGGAGAAGAUUCAGCAGAUCAUCCAGGAGGAGGCCAAGGUUGCCAGCUCGUUCCGAGCUCAGAACUUGCCUGUGACGCUCCACGAGCCCGGAAACCUUCCCGACGUUCCCAAGAAGGCGCCCACGAACCCUGAACCUUUCCAACUGAGCUGUGACGACAAGGGCGCCAAGAAGGCUGCAGAGUGGAGCAAGAAGAUGGAAGAAGAGCUGAAGCAGCAGAGAGAGCAGGCCAGCAGCUUCAAACACAGAUCAGCUGAUGUCCUGUACAAGGAACCUUUCAUCCCACAGAAGGCCACCAAGCCACUCACAGAUGUGAGUGAGUUUGACCUGAACACGGUGCGCCGUGCGGAGCAGCGGCAGGAGUUUGAGAUGCAGAAGAAGAUGAAGGAGGAGGAGAUGGAGGCUCAGCGCCAGCAGCAGGAGGCCGAGCGGAGGGAGCAGGAGCAGAUCGAGAUCGCCAGACUCCGCAAGGAGCUCGUCCACAAGGCCAACCCCAUCCGCCACGGCCGCCCGCUCGACAUCCAGCCCAGCAACAAGCCGCUCACCAACCCACAGACGCCAAACUUCUCCGACAGGAGAAGGAAGACCAGCGUGCGGUUGUAGUACUGACUGAGGUUGUAGUAGUAGUGACUGGAUCAAUUUUUUUUGCUCUGCUGUUUAUCUGUACAGUUUGUGUUCUUCAAGUUAUAGCCUGGUUACCAGUACUAUUAUA